CCGCUGCCCGGAGGCGCCGGCGGCGGUCGCCCUCCUCGCCGCUACCGGCGCCCGGCCGCCUUUCGCUCCGACCUCCCACCGCCCCACGCGCCUGCUCCCUCUGCCCCUCCCGCCCCCGGCCUCCCUCGCGUCCGCCCUCUGCCCCAGCUCCCGCGCGGGGGCCGAUCCCGCCGUCCGGAGGAGCGCGUCGCCGGUGGAGCUCGGGGAGGCCGCGUCCAGGAGCCGGAAAGGCGGCGUUGGGCGUAGUUCCGCGCCGGGAUCCCCGCGGCCUUAGCUGCUGUCAGAAAGAGAAAAAGCUCCAGAUUUCGCUCAGAUCAACCGCAUCCCUGCGGCGCGCUUCGCCGUGCCCAGGAGCAGCAGCUCUUCCGACCACUGGCACUUCCUUGGCUGCCGGCAUAGCCUCACUGUCUUUCUCAUCGUGUGGGAUGCCCUCACCGGACAGCAGCACCGCAUGUCUUUUCCACCUACACCAAAAGGGAGGCUUUCUGCAGCGUUUAUUGGCGACUUCAUGCUCCUACUUGAGUAGUCAAUUCGGUUCAGAAGAAUUUCUGAAAGAAAUGGCUGGGAUAAAACCAUCCAUUAUGCCUACAGAAAUUUAUAUACUGCAGGCAGGGGAGUUGGGGUGGAAAUGGUUGGAUCUGAAGCUCUGAGCACGUGAGAUCUGCUAAUGUUCUAUGGACGCCAUGUGAGGAACAGGGGAUAUUGGGAAGGUCUUUAGAUCAGAGAACUUACCUAGCAAAGCCUAUCUUAAAGUAUGUGCGAGCUUUGUUUUGAGCCAGCCAUAAGUUCGUUGAGCACUACUGGAUUAGGAUGUUAUGUGCAAUUAGUUCAGCUGCUCCUCUGCUCUGUUUGCGAGAACCCUUGUAUGUUUAUGUUGAAAAACACCUAUCUGUAUGUUCAGAGUCCAAUCUACCUGCGUUGCGACACAUCUUCUCCUUUUGGUAGCUGUGUUCUACUAGUUAGCAAUCUGCAGCUCUUCGACUUGAUGCCAUGUAUUUUGGAACAUACAAACUGGUAGUGCCGUUCUUCUUCAAUACGGCAAUUCUGCUCACCGUUCCUCAUCCACAGUGCUUCCUCUGCUGCACACAUAAAGCUAGUAGGUGAUCUGACUGCAGUGCAGUAACCCUGUAUGUAGGCACCCAGCAUCUAGUGCCCUCAACUAUUCCUUGUUUAUUCCAGGCACCAUCUAAACCAGUAGUCAUGCAUGCACUUUGUACCAUUCCUCCACUCACCUUGCCUUUAUGUAUCCCCCCUGCCUGCUCCAGUUACCAAUGCUUGGCAUUAACAUUAGUAGUAGAAUUAGCAUUGCUCUCUCACAUAUAAAGCUAGUGACAAGACAACUGAUAAUGCUCUCUCGCAUCAUCACAUGCAUGGGAAUUGUCCCACAUGCACCUGAUAAUGCUCUCAGAUGUAGUAUAUAUUAUGUAUACUACAGGACAGAUAGGAUCAAGUCUGCUGCCUGGAUAGUUAGAGCCCACCACCUAAGACCAGCGACAAGAUACCUCUCUGGUUUGUGCAGAAUCAAUGGGGUGGAUUGAGCUGCUGAAGCCUGUGGCGGCCAUGAUCGCCUUCGACACGCUCUUUGCGGUGAUGACAGUGCUCGUGAAGAAGGCGCUCGAUGGCGGCCUCAACCCCGUCGUUCUUAUUGCUCUUCGGCAGCUUGUCGGUGCAGCUUUCCUGGCACCGAUUGCCUACUUCAAAGAAAGGAAUGCAAGACCAAGAUUCACAAAGGAGAUCUUUGCCUACUUGUUCAUGAGUGCGCUACUUGGGGCACUAUUCGCUCAGUAUCUGUUCUUCUUGGGCUUGAGCUACACCACUGCAACACUGGCUGCAACUGUCUCCAAUAUGACCCCAAUCUUCACCUUCCUGAUCGCCGUCCCUCUUCGGUCGGAAACAGUAGACGUGAGGAGCAAGGCGGGUCUGGCGAAGAUCGCAGGAACACUAGCGUCUGUCAGUGGUGCGAUACUGCUGAGCCUGUACAAGGGUGCUGCCCUGACUCACACAGCAUCUUCGACCCAAGAACAUGCUGGAAAUGGCACAACCGGCAGCAGUGGCAGCAAGGGGAGAUGGUUGCUGGGCUCGGCAUUACUGCUGCUGAACUGCAUCACCUUCUCACUCUGGAUGCUGCUGCAAGGGAAGCUCACCAAGAAGUACCCUGCAGUCAUCUCCAGCACUGCAUUCAUGGCCUUGAUCAGCUCACUGCAAGCAGGGGCACUGGCAGUCACCACCCAAAGGCACCUCUCAGUUUGGCUGCUCCGAGGAAGUAUUCAGAUUGCAACCGUUCUUUUCGCGGGAGUGGGAGUAUCGGGGAUAGGGUAUGUGCUGAUGACCUGGUGCAUCGAGAAGAGAGGGCCGGUGUUCACUGCAGGCUUCUUGCCUCUCAUUCAGAUCAUUGCUGGAGUCCUUGAUCUCCUCGUCCUUCAUGAACAGCUUUACGUGGGAAGUGUGGUAGGUGCUGCUCUUGUCAUUGGAGGCCUCUAUCUUCUGCUCUGGGGGAAGAGCAAGGAAGCAUCGUCAGCUGCCAUUUUAUCAGAGAAAGGACUCGAAGAAGAUAAGGAGACACAGGAAAAUUUGUGAAGUAUAGAAAGGGCAUUCUUACUAGUUAGUGGGGAUGUCAAGAAUGACCCUAAAUGUUCCAACUAUCUGCCCUGGCCCAUGCUCUAUGUACGUUGCUACAACUUUGAAUAAGUCAGUGUCAUAUUUGUGCUCAUUGUGCACUUUAGUUUCUGGUAGUGUGGUGCCUGGUGAGGUUGCCUUCCUUGCCUGGUAUUCAACAGUGUACCAAAUGAUUACAGAAAAAACACUCGUCGGCGGGUUUUGCCGCCUUCAUUGGAAUGCAAAACUUGCCCUGAUUUGUCAUUGAAAAUGACAGUUGGGCAGGAGCAAAAUCA